CGCCGGAGCGACACGCGCGCACAGACUCUGGCUAGAGCCGCCCUUGGUGUCCGUGGCCCGGCUCCCGCGUCCGCCCCAGCUGCGGAACCGCCUCAGCACCUGUCGGUUGGUGUGUCCCCGAGCCGGCGCCCCUGACUCCGUCGGGGCCAGGAGGGGGACCAUGGUUUUCUUGCGCAGGUCGCCUGCGACCGACUUGCUUCGGUUUUUCUUCCUGGGGCUGAGUACCCUCGCAUCCCCCUCGCUGGCCCAGCUGAAACUUCACGUGCCCCCUGGCCUGACCGUGCUGAAGGCAGUAGAGGGAGCAGAAGUAGUGCUCCCAAUGUGGUACACCCUGCAAGGGAAGGCACCUUGGGUCCAGCCCCAGUCGUGGGAGUUGCUCACCGUGAUGUGGUUCUUGGAACAAGAAGGGAAGGAUAUGAACCAGGUGCUGGCCUACAUCAGCGGGACCACGACAGGCAAACCUAGGCUAUCCCUGGUCUACUCCAUGCCCUCCCACAAUGUGUCACUGCGGCUGCAGGGCCUGCGGGAGACAGACUCUGGGUCCUACCGCUGCUCUGUGAAUGUGCAGGACCAUCAAAGCAAAAACAGGAGUGACAGCAGCAAAACUUUAGAACUCCGUGUGCUGGUUCCUCCAGCUCCUCCAUCCUGCCGUCUCCUGGGCGGACUCCGUGAGGGCACCAACGUGACCUUGAGCUGCCAGUCCCCAAGGAGUAAGCCAGCUGCCCAAUACCAGUGGGAGCGGCUACCCCCAUCCGCCCAGGUUUUCUUUCCACCAGUUUUAGAUGACAUCCGGGGGUCUUUAACCCUCACAAACCUUUCCAGUUCCAUGUCCGGAGUCUAUAUCUGCAGGGCCCACAACGAGGUGGGCAGUGCCCAGUGCAAUGUGACCUUGGAAGUGAUCACAGAGCCGGGGCCUGCGGUGGUUGCUGGAGCUGUUGUAGGCACUCUGGUUGGAUUAGGACUGCUGGCUGGGCUGGUCCUCCUGUACCAUCGCAGGAGCAAGGCCCUAGAGGAGCCGGCCAAUGACAUCAAGGAGGACGCCGUUGCUCCCCGGACCCUGCCCUGGCCCAAGGGCUCAGACACAAUCUCCAAGAACGGGACCCUUUCGUCUGUCACCUCAGCACGAGCCCUCCGGCAGCCCCAAGGUCCUCCCAGGCCUGGUGCACUGACCCCCACACCCAGCCUCUCCAGCCAGGUCCUGCCCUCACCCAGGCUGCCCAGGACAGAUGAGGCCCGCCCUCAGCCAACAUCUCCCAGCCCUGGUGGGGUCUCUUCCUCUGCUCUGAACCGCAUGGGUGCUGUCCCCGUAAUCGUGCCCGCCCAGAGUCAGGCUGGGUCUCUGGUGUGAUGGCCCAGUGCUUGUUAGCUAAGCCAUCUGGUUUCUCUCCUCCCUCUCUCCUCCCCCUUUCUCCUCCCUCUAGUGGCCAUCCCCUAGCACAGGGGCCUGGGUGUCGGACCUCCAGUCCUCUGCCUCCACCUUUCUUUACUAUGGGAAAACUGAGUCUCAGUUAAGACCCAAACUUGCAGGAGGUAGAAGAAGGGGAAGUGGACCUCACAUUAGGAAGAGCAUCCCCCCCCUUGCCCAGUCCUCCCGGGGCACUAGUGAAUGCUGCUGGGGCUGGCUACCUGCCUGCUGGGGCCCUGGUGGGGACUGCCAGUCAGGGAGUCCUCCGGGCCCCUUCGAUCUGUACUCCCCCCAUCUAAUAUCACCCUUUCCUCCCGAGCCAGCUCCCUGCAUUCAGAUAACCUGUCCUGCUGGCUUGGCUGGGUUUUGUUGGGGCAGGGGAUAGGGGAGGUAUUUUUUAAACUAACUUGAAAUGUCUGUUUUUGUUUUUAUUUUUGCCACUUUUAAUAAAGAUGCACUGUGUUUGUAUAGAAA